AUGUCUCCGGGGAUGACGGUGGCGGUGAAGCGGCUGACCGUCGAAAUGUGUCAAGGGGUUCCUCAGUUUAAUGCCGAAAUACGCAGUCUACAACGGAUUGAACACCCGAACCUGAUAACAUUAAUCGGCUACUACGCUAGCCCGUCCGAGAUGUUUCUUGUUUACAAUUAUCUACCGGGCGGAAGCCUAGAAGAAUUUAUCCGCUUAAAAAGAAGCAGUGUGACGGGUGUGCAAACAGUUAUUAAAAUCGCAUUCGACGUGGCUGCAGCGCUAGCAUUUUUGCACAACGAGUGCAAUCCAAGUGUCCUUCACCGCGAUGUAAAGCCAAGCAAUGUGUUGUUAGACAAUGAUUUAAAUGCUUACUUGUCAGAUUUUGGGUUGUCACGUCUUCUCCCGGGAUUUAAGACUCAUGUGACAACCGGGGUUGCUGGGACGUUUGGAUAUGUGGCUCCCGAAUAUGCUUUGGCGUGUCGGGUAUCCAACCGGGCCGAUGUGUAUAGCUAUGGUGUUAUGCUUCUUGAACUGAUUUCGGAUAAACGGGCGUUGGAUCCGUCGUUUUCAACAGAACACAAUGGUUAUACAAUUGUGUCGUGGGCGGCGAUGCUCCAGCGAGAGGGGCGGAUGAAGGAGGCGUUUGCGGUCGCCAUGUGGGAGUCAGGGCCGGAAAAGGUGUUGGUAGAUUUGUUGGAGUUGGGGUUGCAUUGCACGGAGGAAGCAGCCUCCGGAAGACCAAGCAUGAGGCAAGUUGUAAGGAACUUGAAGCAAAUUCAACAAGCCUUUGACCCUUGA